AUGCUUCAGACACAGCAUCUUUAUUCGCAUCAGCAACAAUACAACCAGCAUGACCAAUCCUCCUGGCAACACAACGGUCCGCAGCAGAGUCACCAGACCCUGAGCCACGGACAGCAACAGGCGCAAGCCCAGGCUGCGGCUGCUGCUGCUGCCGCCGCGGCCGCUCAGCAGCAACACUACUCCCGACUCGCGAUCAACCCAAAUCAUAACUCUUCCCAUGCCCAGAAUACCAAUCGGCAGGCCACGGCCGACAACGCGCAGAAUGCUAUGGGCCCGUCUCUGACCUCGAUGAACGACCAGGCGUCACCGGGCAUGGAUCAGCAAUUGUCGGAAGAGAACCGCAAGGUCUUACAGUGGGUGGCGGAAUUGAUGGAUCCGAACAGAAGAGAGGGAGCUUUGAUGGAACUCAGUAAGAAGAGGGAACAAGUACCAGAGCUCGCGCUGGUUCUCUGGCACAGUUUCGGCGUCAUGACCAGUCUGCUCCAGGAGAUCAUCUCAGUCUAUCCGCUGCUGAACCCAAGCCAGCUUACCGCAGCAGCCAGCAACCGCGUGUGCAACGCCUUGGCCUUGCUUCAGUGUGUAGCAAGCCACAAUGAAACCAGGGGCCUAUUUCUUAGUGCGCAUAUUCCACUCUUUCUCUAUCCGUUCUUAAACACCACCUCCAAGUCGAGACCUUUCGAAUACCUGCGCCUCACGUCACUCGGUGUUAUCGGUGCUCUCGUCAAGAACGAGCCCUCCUCCGGUGUCUCAAUGAACCCAGCAGGCACUCCCGGCGCACACGGAAAUACCAAUAACUCCUCGCCAACAAUCACAUUUCUAUUGACUACAGAGAUCAUUCCACUCUGCCUGCGUAUCAUGGAGACGGGCAGCGAAUUAUCCAAAACUGUGGCCAUCUUCAUUGUUCAGAAGAUUUUGCUUGAUGACACGGGGCUGGGAUAUAUCUGUGCCACCUAUGAGAGAUUCUACGCGGUGGGCACCGUCCUGAGCAACAUGGUGAUUGGCUUGGUCGAGACGCAGACUGUCCGACUCUUGAAACACGUAGUUAGAUGCUUCUUGAGGCUUAGUGACAACAACCGAGCCCGUCAAGCGCUGCGACAGUGCCUCCCCGAACCACUUCGAGAUGCCACGUUUUCCAAUGUCCUCCGGGAUGAUGCCGCUACCAAGCGAUGUCUGGCCCAACUCCUUAUCAACCUGAGCGACACUGUUACCGAUACGCAAAAUGAGCAAUUUGAAUAA